CUGCUGCCUGUAGCAUCUACACUUCUUACUCUCACCCCGACUGCGAGGAACACCCUGUGGUCCGGACCUUUGGAACGCGGUUCAUCCAAAGCGCAAAGACUGGCAAAACGUCCUGCACAUAUAUCCCAACAUCAACGUCAUUGAGGUGCGCGGCAACGACGGACAGACAAGAUGCAGAUCAAAGUACGAACACUUACCGGCAAGGAGAUUGAGCUCGACAUCGAGGCCGACUACAAGGUGUCGAGGAUAAAGGAGCGCGUGGAAGAGAAGGAGGGUAUUCCACCUGCCCAACAGCGUCUGAUUUACGGCGGAAAGCAAAUGAGCGACGACAAGACAGCAGCAGACUACCAGCUCGAGGGCGGUGCGACAUUGCACUUGGUGCUUGCGCUUCGUGGCGGAUACUAGACAUUUCUUGGGGUUCUCCGAUCCUGUAUCUGCGUUUCUAGUCUGUCUGCUUCCAUUUAUCCGACCCAAGGAGAUGCUAAGAGGUUACUUUGGUAUCGACAUGGCAUGUUGCUUUUUACUCUGCGUCACGGAUAUGAUUAGGCAACUGUCUGACGUACAUGGACGAGAUCUUCGCCCAAGGAUUUCAUGCGGAGGAAUUGAGUCAUGUGCGAGUAGGCAAGUGGUGGGAAUGCGAGAAAUGUGCAUUAUCUAGUUGGUAGUGACUGGAAAGGCAAGCAGAUGCAGUGGCGGGGUAUGGCGAUAAGGAUGACUUCUUCUCUUUUUUGUUUGCAUUGGUAAAGAGAAUUGAAAGCCGAUUGAACCUGUG